AUGUCCCGCCACCAUCCUGACCUUGUUCUCUGCAUGAAGCAGCCAGGCAAAACCGUCGGCCGCCUCUGUGAUAAAUGUGAUGGUCGUUGUCCCAUUUGCGACUCAUAUGUACGGCCUACAACUCUUGUCAAGAUUUGCGAAGAGUGCGCAUUCGGUAACUUUGCAGGCAAAUGUAUUCUGUGUGGAGGCCAGGGAACUUCUGACGCGUAUUACUGUUACGAGUGUACAAUGCUUGAACAUGACCGUGACGGGUGCCCAAAAGUCGUCAACUUGGGAUCCAGUAGAAGUGAUCUCUGGUAUGAAAAGAAAAAGGCAAAAAUGCAGCAGCAGCCUUGGUAA